GCGCAUGCGGCAAGCUGUUUACAGCAGGGAAACUUGUGUUAGCUGUGUAAAAUAGUCUACUUAUACUGACUCUGUUGUUUUAGUUUGUAGCUGUUAGCUACAUACAUCCCCCCGCUAACAUGCUUCUUUUUUGUCCAACCUGCGGGAAUGUUUUAAUUGUCGAGGAAGGACAGAAGUGCAUGAGAUUCGCCUGCAACACUUGUCCGUAUGUACACAACAUCACAAGAAAGGUAAAUAACAGGAAGUAUCCAAAACUGAAGGAGGUGGAUGAUGUGCUUGGUGGUGCUGCAGCUUGGGAAAACGUGGACUCAACUCCUGAAACUUGUCCCAAGUGUGAACACCCUCGGGCGUAUUUCAUGCAGAUUCAGACCAGAUCAGCUGAUGAACCAAUGACCACUUUCUACAAAUGCUGCAAUGCCCAGUGCGGUCACCGAUGGAGAGACUGAAACCUUUGAACUUUGAAAAUUUUCAUGUAUUUAAUGCUCAUGUGGCACGGAUAGCUUCCUUCAUGCCUUGCCUCUCAUUUGAGCCUAUAUUUAUUGCCACCGGGCUCUGGUAGGUAUGGAAAUUCUACUGAUGGAUUUACAGUUGUUCAUUUUCUGUCCUGUGUGUAGGACCUGAAGAAACUUCCUUUUUGUUUUUGCAGAUGAUAUUUACAUACAGGAACUCACUUUGCAGACAUAGUUCAUUUCCAAAACAACAUUAAAAUGAUGAAAAAAAUCAUGUUCUGAUUUUUAUUGAUAAAAUAGUACCUGUAUACAACAGUCAAACAAAUUUUGACUUACAUAGUUAUACAUUUCACAGACAUUUAGAGCAAUGCGGACCAGCAUCAUUCACAACAAUGGCAUACAGUACUUUGUAUUAAAAGUUUAAUGCAAACCUUCAACUCAGAAUUGACUUUCUUGCACAGCUUAGCUAGCCUCAGGGAAAAAAAAUUAAAUGCACAGAGUCAAUAAACUAGCCAGUGAGAAUUAUUCAUUUUGAUGUGUGGCUCAUGCAGAACAACUCUGCACUUGGUGAGUGAAUGGCAGUUUGGGCAUGCUGUGGUGGGACAAUGGUU